AUGGUUGUUUGUCAGUAUUUUUUAAAGGGUGACUGUCGAUUUGGAGAUAGAUGUCGGUAUGAACAUCCGUCAGGUUGGUUAGAACUCCUCUUCUUAAAUGUAACGUCUUAGAUUUGGUGAUUUAACAAAUGGAAAUGUAUAUAUCCCUUGCUUUGCUUGUUUUUAAGAUGGUAUGCAUGGCAUUCCCCAUUUUAGAGUUGACCAAAAAAUUGAUUAUGAUCUCAAUACGUGAUUGAUACUAACCUGGUAAUGUAAUAAUUGCAUAGGCAGGCAGUUAGGUGGGUAAUACUUUAUUUAAACACUUAAAAUCACAAGAGAAACACGGCUGUUUUUCAUGGAGGGAGUCUCGCAUCAAGUCUUUGAUCAUUUGCUUGCUUAUCCAGGUUUCACCCCUACAACCAACUAAAUCAACAAAACUCAGUAAGCCAAGUAUUGUUUGGGAUACACGGCAGAUUAAAAUACAUGGAAAAUAACUAAAAAGUAAUAUCUAGUUUACAAAAAAAGUACCUCAACUAAAUAAUAAUUAUAAAAGAACAAAAAUGAGAAAGAAAAAGAAAACCCAAAACAAGCUCAACCAAGUAAUAAAAGUGAUUGCACUGUCGAUGAAUAGAACAAGCAAAACCCUAAUGAGAGGGAAGGGAGGGAAAUGGUUUGCUAGUGUAAUAAAAGCAAAUGUUACCACUGCGAUGUUAAGUGUUAAAUGUGGCUAACCUAACCUUAUUGUAGCCAACUGUUAAACUACGGUCAUGGUAUUCCUAUCCACCAUAAAAUUACUGUAUUCUACAAAACACAUGGUAUUACAAAAUCUCUCAUGCUAAAAAACUACUGUACUGCUUUACUAGUCCUGCAUCCCAACAUGACCCCUUUCUUUCUGAUUUAGAACCUCAUCAGUCAUCUCAACUGAUACACCCCAAGUUAUAAUAAGGAUCAAUAAGGUCAUGUAUAUGUAUUGAGCCUGUGAGCAAGCUCACUUGUGGGAAUUUGGGACAAUCCAGCAAGAAAAAAUUAAAAAGAAUUCACACAAGUGAGCCUGCUUGCAGGCGAGGUCAUGUACGCCAAAUCUCCUGAAAUAUCCAGGACAGGGCGGUGAAUCUCUGUACGUGUCUUCAUACCUCAAAAAAGUCUCCGUACCUAAGAUCUCCAGAUUUUUGCAUCAUUCUCUGUAAUGAGUGAAAGAAAUUAAAGGCUUGGAUAAUUAAACUGGUUCUUAUUGUCACUACAUUUGGAAAGACAACAACUACCAGUAGUUGUGUUCAUUGCAGAUGAGAGUGUUAAAUGCCUGUAUGCAAGUAUAAAAAUUGAAAGGAAUUAAAGGGCUAGAAGAAAUGGUAACAAAGCAAAAACCAGAAACAAGCUAAAUCAAGACACUUAAUUGACUGAAUGCAUUUAAAUGUUCCUCAGUCAUACUCAACGCAUGCUCACGUGCAUGUAGUUAGUUUGCUACAUCUUUCACAAGGUGGUAUAUAGAUUCUCCUUUGAGCAGCAUUUUCCUUCCAUACGUUUUCUUCCAGCCAGUUUCUUCCCCCCUCCCCUCCCUGUUUUUCUUUUGCCACUGAAAUUUUUCAGUGUAAUGGGUGCCUGCUUUGUUGCCUUAUUUUGUGGGGGCUCAUGGCAAGUUGCGUGUGCCAGCCAUUGGGGCAUUAUUCAAUCUUUUCUAGUGACUAGCUGCCAAAAGUGGAAGCAUCAGGAUACUCCAGGCAUCCAACCUCCAUUUAAUUAGUGAUGCAUGUGUUAAAAUAAUGUGAGCAUAGUGAUGCCAAAAAAGAAUAUUUUUGGUCUGGUCUAAAAACGACUGCAUUUAUGUUUGCCGUCAGUGACAAGUGUAAAAAUAGUGCCCAGCAUUUUGAUACAGAAAAUGUAACAUAAAGUAAAUAAUAAUAUGUACUGCAUUUGUGUUACAGUACAAGUGACACAUGGAGUUCCUAUUGUGAUCAUUUCUUUUUCAGCUAAGAAGAAAACAGUGUGUUCAUUUUUUUUGAAUGGAUAUUGCCGAUUUGGUGACAAAUGCCAUAACGAGCACCAAAGAAAUGGAGGUACAACAGUGAGCUUAUCUUAAUUUUUACAAGAUAUUUUCAAAAAAUAUUUCAACCACUGGGUUACUAACCCUGCCAUCCUUUCCUAUUAAGUCAUAUGCACCAGAUUAACACCUCUACAUCUUCAUAUUAUUCAAAUUUUCUGAAAUGUGUUGAAGUUUUCCAAACAUUGCCCAAGAUGUUUUAAAGACUUCUGUUGUUUCAGGUAGUCAAGGAUUUACUUCUUCAAGUGGACCAUUUGGCAGGGUGCAAUCAAACAGUAGAGCUAAUUCUCAACAGUGGAGUAGUUCCAGCCACCGCAAUCAGGUACAGCUUAAACCUGGUCUACAACAAACCUAGUUAAGGUUAACCCAUUCCCACCUAAACCAGACUUGUAACCGACUUGUACCACUUGUGAUUGUCAUCUGUUUUAACAGUCAUAGACAACUUUAUUUGACACUGACUGUAACUUGUGCAGGAGGAAAUCUUUCAAACAUGCCUGAAUGAGCACAAUUCAGUCACACAGGCCUGUGAAAAAGGCCAAAAAAAAAUUAAGUCGACCAGGAAACCCAUGCAACGAGAAUUUUUUUUCUACAACUGUGUAGUAAACCACUAACCCUAACCCUCCUCAGAGGUUUUGCCAAGUCUUUUGCCACCAAAAUAAAGCUUAGUAAAAUUAGUGCCCACUAACAGAAAAAAACACGGAAAGAAAUACAAAAGGAAAGAAAGUGAAAGGUGAAAGGCAAUGGAGCAGUGUAACUUUUUCAAUAUUUUGCCUCAUGUGGAAUUAAGCUGCUUUUUAGAAGCAGGAGGCAGUGUAGUGCUGGACCUAUGUUUUGUGUAGUGUUUGUUCCAGAAAAUGGCCCGAGUAAUUUUGAAAGUUUUUCUUGUUGCAAAAUUUUCGGGAGCAAAUGGGUUAAAAACAAGAAGACUGAUUUGAUUAAGUAAUAGUAAAAACUUCCUGGCCACAUUAAACUGUGGAGGUUUUUGUAGCGUAAGAAAUAUACUGACUAUUUUUAUUGACAUGUUUUUUUUUUCGUACUCGCCUGACUUACUGAAGUAUGCCCACUUUAAAAACAAUGGUCUAUGCAUUUUUUACUCAUGAUACAGAGUUAGUUACCACCGUUAUAAUUUGAUUUGAAUUCAUGGUGUUAUUUUAACAUAAACAAUAAUUAACAGAUUCAGGAAAGAGUGUUCACUAAAUGGUGUUUAUAACUUGUGACUUCAAACCUAGCCCAUCUUUGACCAUUGAACAGUAAUUAUUUAUUAACAUUAUUAUUUAGAGUGAAAUUAAUAUCCUUUCCAGAAUCGAUUUGAAGUCUUAUCCAAUAAUGAUGCUGGACAACAUUCAAGGCCUUCAGAUGGCGAGCAACAGAUUUCACAAAUACAGUAAGACGGAAGGGUUCUUGUAGUUCUUGUACAGCUAGUAUUGGCCAACUCAGAUGUACCUGAGUUAAGUCUUCCUUUAAUUAUUGUAGCAGUUUUCCCUGGUAUUGAUAUUAAAUGCACUUAGUAUUACCUUAUCUAGAAAGUCAGGUUCAAGGAAGACAGUGCACAUUAUGACAUCUUAUUUGGUCAUUAUUUUCAGUUUGGGAAAAACACAUUUUGUUUUUAAGUUAAUCGUAUGAACUCUAACUGCUUGGAAUUCUGUCUCUUAUUGACAAAGAUUGUUUCACUUGCGGUGCUGUGCUAUAAGAUCCUGGUGCCCCCAGAUGACUUACUUUUGCCCUUGGAUAACCGGGAAACCUUAGCUUAGUCCGUCUACUUAACUUAUAUGCUGAGUUCUCUGGAUUUCAAGGGUUUAAAGAGCAUAGCUAAAGUUCUACUUAGAGGACAGGCCAUUUAAAAAGCACCGCAUCUGUUCAUGAUCAUUUCUAAAGUUUUCUGUUUUUUUUCCCUUGCAGACAAACAGUACAAAAUGAUAUGACAAUUUGGGAAAGAAGUGGACAAUGGCCUCUCUCAUGCUACACCUUUACAAAAGAAGAACCCUGUUUUCAAGGCAAGUCAGCCAAUACAAAGUGUUUGAUUUUACUAGCUGAGGUAUUUAAAGGCACUCCAUCAGAAACUGCACAAAUUGGUCUUUGUAGAUUCUAUGGACUAUUAAACUUAUUAACAUGUGCAUUUUGUUAUGUUUUACUUGUUUAGGUUUACUGGACUUCUCUCCUGAAGAGAUCCGUUUAGAGGCAUACACUGCCAAUGCCAAAGGAAGUGCUGAUGGUUAUGUGAGAAUAAACACUUUGUAUUGUAUAAUAGUGAACUCAAUCGUCACAAGAGAAAAAAAAAAUAGGUCAAGUGCAGCAUGGACUGUGACUCUUGAGUUAGUUUUUCAGUUUUUUGUAUUAUUUAACUUAUUGUAUGCCAACUGUGGCAGGAUUAGUUCAGUAAGGCAGUCAAGAGCUUGACUGUAGAAUCAAGAGGUUGUGGGUUCGAUUUCUGGGGCCGAAUGAAGACUCAGGGUCUCAAAAUAACUGAGAAAUGAACGUACUCCCUUUGCACUGCAAGCGGCUAGACCUUUGCGUUGUUUGGAUGACCACCUAAGCUAAUCAUUGGCUGUCCCUGUCUCCAGUUAGAGACAUCAAAGUAGUGUCCCUAAUUAGUAGUUUUGUGCUAACUUCAUUGACACUCAAAUAAAGUGAAGCAAACAAUUACGUGCAAGAACGUAACCAUGGACCCACUUUAAAUGUGUUUAAUAAUAAUGGCCAUCUGUUGGCUAACUGCUCACUGUUGGUUUAUUGGCAGACCCAUCUGAGUGGUUGUGAAAUUUAUGUACAUCACUGGAAUUGAAUCUCCUCUAUCUCGGUCUCCAUGUACUGAAUUCAGUGUUCAAUGUCGCUAGAUAAAAUUGGUGGAGGGCACUUCUAGUUCUCAUUUCCACAAAUUUCCCAAUCGUAAUCCAUGCCACCAUUUAUAAAUCCUCUUCUUAAGUGUACUUUGAUUUCCUGAUACCUUUAUCUAUUUAACAUCAUCUUUUCAUUUUCAUGUACAAAAUAUCAGAACUUAAUAUGUCAACAGCACAAUGAAUAGUGUACCAUUGUAUUAUUGUUGUAAAUUGCAGGAGCAUGGACUGAAGCAACUGAUAAGUAAUAAUCAAAACAGAAGACAUCACUUAAGCAGAAUGAGUGUCUCUCAAAUUGUAAGUUUUGCCUGACAUCUCUAGUCUGCAAAUUAGAAAAGUGACUAGAGCCAUUAUGUAUGUUGUAGGCCAAAAUGAAAUUCAGGUUAAAAUGGUCUUAAUGUAAGUUGAUUCUCAAUUUCCUUUGUUUCUUACCCUCAUAAUCAUAAUCACGAAUAAAACUAGGUUCAAACGAUUUUAUGAGAAUUUCAUUUUGACACUACAAUGCACAGUUUACGUGGUACUAUGGUACUGCAUUCGAUUUUUCCUGUGUCUGUUUUUUUAAAUUUUUUCUUCUUAAACAAAGGAGUAAUUUGAUUUAUUUUGCUUCAGCAAGAAGAAAUCAAGAAAAGUAGCAGACCACAUGAGGCAGUUUCCUUACCUUCUACUGGACCCAGAGCUGGAUUGUUUGGAAUUGUUAGUGAUGGUACCUUGAGCAGUUUCAGUAAUUCUUCUAAUGGUAAUAGCUCUGAUGUGAAGUCAAGUGGAUUCUUUGAAACAAACAAAUCAAACAGUCAGUCAGGCUUGUUUGGACAAACCAAUGUAUCGCCGAGUAACUCACAGACUGUAUUUAAUAGUUCACCCACCCCGGGGAGCGUCUUUGGUAAUUCCAAUAGCUCCAGUAAUCCAGGGACUCUGUUUGGUAUAAAUAACCAGACAAGCAGCAUCAUAGACACAAGCAAACAGUCAGGAAACUUGUUUGGUGUGAGUUCUACAAACCAAGCAUUUGGUUCUGUAUCACCUGCCGCACUCGCAUCAAGUCAUGGAACUGUUAGUACUCAAGCAUCCAAACCACAAACAGGCAACAACAUUGGCCUUGAAAGUCAAAGUAUGCCACCCACCACACUGGUAAGUAAAAGUAAUGACCGUCAUAUCGACUAAUAUUUGUCUUAUCUUGUCAUCUAAUCUAAUCCUUCACAGAAAAUGACAUGAAUAGCUGUUUUAUAUAUCGACUUUUUUUAAGGGUAUCAUAAAAUCUGCAAUAGUGAACAAACCGAUUUAUCUGGAACACGAAAUUGAAGAAGUUCUCGAACGUGGCAACAAAGUUUGACAGAGUUUGGCAUCAGUUGUCCUCUUCUACAAUACAAUGCAAUCCAAUCCAAUACAAUACAAUACAAUACAAUACACAAAAUCAGAGAUCGCGAGGAAGGUAUUGUCAUUUAUUCGUUUUAACUUUAUUUAAAGAAAUUGUGUCAAGCAAGACGGCAACAACUCACAUUUUUCAAUCAACCUAUUACAGUUUUCGGGCGUGACAUUUUGACAUUUUCGUUGCCGUCGCCUCCGUGUUGGCAGGUAAAGACAUUUUCGUUUCGUCGUACCCCAGGGGUCCUUGCUUUACCCGUUACUGUUCUUAAUUCACAUUUAUAGCGUUGCAAAGAAUAAUAUAUCCGACUGUCUCUUAAAAAUUAAUGAUGACAAAAAUUCCCAUUUGAAAUCGUAGAGGACCAUAUCACUUCUUCGUUAAAACAAAGCCACGAUCUUAUGAAGAGCAGGGACUGAGCAUUAGACUGUUCACAGUCCUCUAUUUUUCCGUAAGAUGUUCGAGAUCGAGGGCUUUGUUUUACGGGCUAUCCAUCUUGCAUACGUGUCAAAACUACUUUCGGGGCGGGGGACGGUUUGGGGAAGCCCUAUAAUCCCCGACGCCUGCCCCCUCGGUACAUUUGAAAAUCAAGAUGGCCGCCAUUAACGGUAAGACGCAGUAUACCUCGACGAUCUCACGAAAAAAUAGGGGAUUGUGGAAAUAAAUUCGUCACUUUAGAAACGAGAAAGGAACUGGAGCCGAAAUGCGUCCGCAGUUGUUUGUGGGAUCGUUACUAAUGUUGUGCCGGUCAGCUAUUGGUCAAUUGUUUUUUCCUGCUCCUAGUAAGAGUCCCAGAAAUCUUUGCAGAAGUUUACGCGGCCCAGUUCCUUCCCGUUUUUAAACUGUCAACUUCACUGGGAUCGAAUGUAUGACCUUCUAACUUUGAGCCUACAUCAUGGCGAUAAAAAAACAAAAUAAAAAACAAAAUAAAAUUAUCCAGGUAUUGCAACACAUCCUUCUAGGCGUCGUCAUUAGCAUCAACCUUUCUUGGAGGCCCCAUAUUUUUAAGGUCUUUGGGAGAGUAUUAAAAGAGGUUUAAACUGCUCAUAGGUAUUUAAGACAGGUCAAUUUGAAGCAAUUACACCAAUUAUUGGUGGGUCCCAUUAUGCAAUACGGUAUGCUGAAGCGUUACGGAUGGCUUUAUUGAAAGUAAGAGCGAUCGUCUCGAACAUCUACCAGUGCGCCGGGGUCUGCUUUUGUUGUGAUAGGGGCUAUGAAGUAGACUAUCAAAGCAUCGUCUCAUGUAACUGGAAACUGAGAGUGAAUUUAGAAGAGCAAUGCCUGCUUCUCAGUUAGCUCAGUUAGGUUACCGUAAGUUUGCUGAGUGGGUAGCCUGUGUGGUAGGUUUAGUACAUGAACAUUUUCAAAAAGGGAGGAUCUUUCUUUUGUUUGGUUAAAGUAUGUGGUACAAAAUUUUUCUGCACUCUUGGCGCUGUUAAUCACCUCUGUCUGCGACCGUAACGUGAAACAACCACGCAAGGCGAAAUUAUACAACCUUUUCUUGAGAUGUUAUCACCUUUGGUCUUGAGGUAACAACCUAAACGUUAUCAUCUCAUUUCAACCUUGAAACCCACAAGACAAUUGUAACAAGUAAAAAUUCGCCAUUUUCUUUACUCCACAGAAAUCAAACACAACGUCUUCUUCACCAAGCGAGAAAUCAUCAUCAUCACCAUCUGAAAGACAGACAUUAACAUGCAGCGAGCGAGACAUGCAGGCCUUCAUGGCUGACAGCUUUAUACUCGGAAAAAUACCAGAAUGUCCACCGCCAUUAGAAUUAUGUUAA